GGAAGAUGUUCAAUUGUGAGAUGGGAGACAUUAUUAAUGUUUUUGCAGACUUUUCACUGAACAACUGAAGAAAAUGUUUCAUGUGUUUGUUUUGAUCUGUCUGUGCUGGUGGCGACUGAUCGGUGUGUUUGGUGAGUCAGUGUCAGUGAAGGAGGGAGUCUCUGUUACUCUACACACUGAUGUUACUCAAAUACGUGUAGAUGAUGACCUACUGUGGAAAUUUGGAGCUGAAAAGUCUCAAAUAGCUAAAAUGAAGAUAAAGAAGCAAAUCUUCAACACAUCUGAUGUCCCAGAUGGGAGAUUCAAAAACAGACUGAAGCUGGACAAUCAAACUGGAUCUCUGACCAUCACGGACAUCACAACUGAACAUGCUGGAGUUUAUCAACUAGAGAUAGCUGGAGCAAAAAAAUCAUCAAAAACAUUCAAUGUUUUUGUCUAUGCUCAUCUGUCUGUUCCUGUCAUCAGCAGUAACUCUUCGAACUGUUCUUCAUCAUCAUCACAGCAGAAUUGUUCAUUGUUGUGUUCAGUGGUGAAUGUGAGUGAUGUGACCAUCUCCUGGUACAAAGGAAACAGUUUAUUGUCCAGCAUCAGUGUGUCUGAUCUCAGCAUCAGUCUUUCUCUACCUCUGGAGUUGGAAUAUCAGGAUGAAAAUGCCUAUAGUUGUGUACUCAACAAUCCCAUUAGCAAACAGACUCAACAUCUGGAAAUCAGCAAACUCUGUCACACAUGUGCAGACUCUGUAUCUCUGACAGUCCUCAUCUCUGCUGCUGCUGCUGCAGGAUCUCUGUUGAUUGCAGCCGUAAUUGUGAUCAUCUGCAUCUGCAGGAAAUGUAAACAACAAAAAAAAGCUGAGGAGAUUAAACAACUGUUUCAAGGAACGGGAAAAAGGCAGGACUCAUUCAACAUUUAG